CAUGAAGCCACUGCAUCCCAUUGCUUUUGCAAGGAGCAAUCUAUAAAGACAAUCAACUCCUGAGCUCCGUAUCUUUUCAUCCAAUGGAGGAUAAAACUGUGCCCCAUGCCUAUCCUAUGAGUGUUGAGUAUGAGUUUGCUAAUCCAACAAGGAUAUUUGAUCAAAACUUUGGUGAAGGUAUAGCUUCAGAGGACCUACUCUGCCCAAUAUUAUAUCAUGGCUAUUAUGUUCGACCCAGAAGAAAUAAAACACAUGACGGAGGCUUCUCUGAGGUUAGCUGGAACCAGAACAAAUUCCAAGUCUUCCUCGAUGUUUGCCAUUUUCUUCCCGAUGAGAUCAAUGUCCGUACUAUUGACAACCUACUAGAGGUGACUGCCCAACACCCACAGAAGAUAGACAGACAUGGUUUUAUCACCAGGACAUUUAAUAGAACAUACAUUCUACCCCUGGAUGUGGACCCUCUACUAGUGAAAGCUAAGCUGUCUCAUGAUGGGAUCCUCAGCAUUGAAGCUCCCAAAAAAGGUGUAGAUCUGAAAGAAGUGGUGAAUACAGUGAAGAUAGAAGUUGAGAAACCACCUUUGGCAGAAGAGACAACAACUGAUAAAUAAACAGAUAGGAAGAGACACCUUUUAACCUGAAGUUAUUUAUUAACUGAAGCUAUGAGUAAUGUUUGACUUAACUGGGGCAACUUCUAAAAAAAAAUCUGGGCUUCCAACUGAUAUAAUUCAAUGACUCAUUGGCACUGGAACCUCUAUAUUUAAAUUACCGUAAUCGCUGUUAAGUGAGUGAGCGUAAAGGGUCCCAACACCGGCAGAAUUAUAGUUAAUUCACCACUUAACAAAUUUUCUUGUAAAGUCGUUUUCUAUUGUAAUAAUGUCUGACAUUACCUGUACCAAUAUUUGAGUGUUCAAAAGCCGUUUGCAUUGUAUUUGUCUAAAAGUAACUCUUCUUCCCUUAUAGGUCUUUUGCCUAUUUAUUAAAACCUAUUCCCAAAGU